AUGGCGAUGGCUUUGGCCUGCCGCUUUCCUUCUUGGCUCGUAGCUCCGCGCUGUUGCUCGCCAUGGAAUCGAUCUGGAUUCUCCUCUUUUUCGCUUUCGCUGCAUCCUUCCAUUGGCAGCGAUUGCAUUUCCAGAAUUUUGCGCUUGAACAGGAACUGUGAGCGGUGGAGGAAUCGCGCAGCUGUGGACGCAGCGAGCGGAUACGAUCCACGGGACGGGGUCGCGGUGUACAAGCCGGCGUCCUAUGACGUUCUUGUGAAUGAUGCCGUGGAUGCGACAUUUUUCGCUCUCGAUGAGGGAAACAAUAGACUGGAGAUUGAAUUCCCGCCGCUGCCAAACGAAAUUUCCAGCUACAAGGGAUCAUCAGAUGACUUUAUCGACGCAAAUAUACAGCUAGCUUUGGCUUUUGCGAACAAGCUAAACGCAGCGAGAGGCAUCGUUACCAAGAUAGUGUUUCCAGAUAACGUGGAGAAGAGAAGAGCUUCCAGGGUUUUUCGAUCAGCUUUUGAUCUCAGUAAAGGGAUAAGCCUCGGCUGCCUGGAUGAUGUUCCAGGAGGCAAUGGCUUUCUAAAAGCAUUAAGAGGCGCGUUCGAGCUGGACUUUCAAGAAGAUGUGUCGGGAAAAUGGCAAACUUCUUCUCCUCCGUCUAUGUAUGUCGUGGUGAAUUGUAGCGGCAAUGAGCUCCCGGAUCUUCAGAAGUAUAUGGAUGCCGUCGUGGGAAGUGCUUCUAUAGUUUUGUUCAACUUACAGCUAGAUAAGUUAAGGUCAGAUCUUGGCCUGUUUGGAUUUCCAGGCAAGGACUUGCAGUACGAGUUUCUGUCGCAGUUCCUCCCCGCCUUCUACAUUCGCACCAGAGAUUACUCCAAGAACGUGCCUUUUGCACCUUUCAUCGUUAAUUACAGUGGAGCACUACUGAGACGUUAUCCUGGACCAUGGCAAGUCAUGAUUAAACAAGCGAAUGGUGUAUAUGCUUGCGUAGCUGAGAACAGACAGCGGUUUACGCUAGGACAAGCCAAAGAAGAACUUUUGCGAUCUCUUGGACUCCAAGAAAAAGAAGGCAGCAACCUAGAGUUCUUGCGUAGAGGUUACAAGACGUCGACAUGGUGGGAGGAUGAUGCAGCUCUCGAGAAAUCAUCGGCAUGGAGAAGCUAGUUUCCUUCUUGUGGACGGAAGCAUGUAAAUUAAGGUGCUACAUAGCUUCGUCAGACUUGGUGCGUUGGAAUUAGGACGUUCCAGCUUUUAAGAAGUUGAGCCUUGGGAUUAUUUGUAACUGUAGCGGCCUACCAAGGAAUUCCAAUGUUUCUUUCGCCGCUAGAUUAGAUUCUAGGCGACUGGACCACCAUUUACGCUUCAAAAACGAUGGACAGAGCUCUCGCUGCGAUUCUAUUUGCCGCCGUUGAGUGGCAAGUCAUGAUCAAAGGAAACGAAUGGUGAGGACAGACAGCGUUUUACACUAGAACAGACAAAAGAGGCACUGCGCGCGUGGACUGCUGCGAGACAAGGAAGGAAGCAUUUUGAAAAUCUCCGCAGAUGGUAAUGGCUUACAAGGCACGAACGUGGUGGGAUCUGGAUGGAAUGGAUGGGAGCUGUGUGCUGUUGCCUGCCCAAGAUCUUUGAUUGAUUGAUCGUUCGUACCCUGUUGCGCUCUCCGGCAAUCAAGUCUGGAUCAAUGAAGCUCGAUCGAGAGGCCCAGAAAAAGCUUGCUCCAAUGGAUGGAUGUACUUACCAUGGGUACUUGCUCUUGCGGGACGUCACAAACUCGGGGAGCCUUGGAUCUCGAUGACAAUGCCAGUGCGCGAGUGACUCGAUCGAUCGGUGUCUCUCUCGUGCUAAUGUACCUUGGAUCUAAAUCCUCGCGAGAGGCAGGCACCACAAACAUACAUUUUCUUGCAAUUUUCAAAGCGGGCUUGGCAUGUGGUGGCGAGGAUUGCUCCCAUAUUCUAUUCGUCAAUGCUGGGCGGAUUGUUUACUUGUUUUAAGCGAUCAAGGGCAGAGUAUGACAGGGACGCACUAGAAAAAAAUUUGGCGGUGCUGGUACCACCUUUGUUGCUAAUCCUGUGUUACCUGGAUGUUGACUUCUUGGUUUCCUUUGAAUGAAUUUCAUAACCCA